UAGACUAAUAUAUAUAUACACAUACUGCAUAGUUUCACAUUCGCCAAAAAAUUUGCAUUUCUAUUCUCUCUCAAACCCCACGUUAAGAAAAACAAAAACCCUUACUAAAAAACAUGUUGCGUCUUCUGAAACUCUCUCUAGCUCUCAUUGCUCUCAUCAACUCAUCAAACAUCCCGAUAACAACAGCAACUCCACCAGGCAUAAACCAAAACGACAAAACGUUCGUUCAAACCGCAUGCAACUCAACACCAUACCCUACAAUGUGCUACUACUCAUUGUCCUCCUACUCUUCAACCAUCAAAUCCGACCCCAUCAAACUUUGCUUAACAGCGCUCAGCGUCAACCUCAAAUCCGCCAAAAGUGCCUCGUCCAUCGUCUCUAGCCUUCUCAAAAAGGUCGCCUCCAGCCCUGAGGUUCCGACCAUCCUCAAGGACUGCCUGAAGGAGAUGAAGGAUACCGCCGACGAGCUCAAGCAAGUGUUCGCCGAGAUCAUCAACGCCGGAAGAAUCUCAAAGGGGGAGAUCGAAAGGAAGUUGGAAACGUGGGCGAGCUCGGCGGCGACAGACUUGAUCCCGUGUAUUAAAAAGUUCGAGGAAGCAAGAGAGAAUGUGGAGAUAAAGAUGGUGGAGAAAGCUGUAUCUGAGCUUUCAAUGACUACAAGCAAUACUUUGGCCCUUAUGACCAGAUACCUGCGUUUCUGAAUUAUUAAAUAUUCACCUCAUUUCUUUGGCAUGCGCAUGUGUAUGUUUUCUUUUCUUUUUUUCUUUUUUUUCUUUUUUUGUAAGCUUGUUAAAUUGUUACGUUUUCUUUUAUUUAUGUCAUAAUUAAGAGUUGAUUACAGUAAGAGACAUAUUUUUUACUUUCUAUUACACCUACAUACACUUCUUACAUGUGACACAUUUUGUUGUAGACCAACAACAGAUUGUGGACAAUUUUGCCCUUAAUAGAAAUGACACUUGUGGAUGAGUGAUUUGUGGACGAGUGAUACGUGGUUGGGUGAUUUGUGGACGGGUGAUGUGUGGAUGAGUGAUGAGUAAUGUGUGGAUAUGUGAUGUUAAUGUGUUUAUAGUAGAUAACAUGGACAAACUUUCUGUUUUGAUUUCAUAAAACUAUACAACAAUACGUGGAUAUGGACUCAUGUUACUAAAAUUAUACCAUAAAACGUGGACACAGACUCUAUUAUCUCCAAUACAAACACUUGGCUUCUUCAGCUCAAUUGAUAAAUUAUCUACAGUUAAACUUCAAUCAAGAUGAGAAAGAGAUGAUAUUGUGAGUAUGAGAGGAGAGAAAAAUCGAAGAAGCGUUUACCUUUUGUCGGAGAGUAAUAGAUCUUGCAUGUCAGAGAUUUCUAAUCUAAGGAAUUUGCGCUUUGUCAUGAUGUGGAUGGAUGUAAUUUUGAUUAGAGUUGAAUUUAGAUCCCGAGAUGAUGAAUGAAAUAUAAUGAAUAUUGUCCAUAUCCACAACUAGUUUAUAAUUCUGUUAAGAUGUUCAUGUCCACAACUAAUUUAUAAUUCUGUUAUCCACGCUUUGGUGUCUACGUCCACAUUUUGUUUACACAUUAAUAUA